CAACUCAACAGAAAGUGAUAAGUUAUUUGAUUAUUUCAUCCACUUUACAUAAUUUUUUAAGGUUAAAAAUAAUUAAAUUCAAAGGUUCCAAAGUGGAAAUGGGAAAAAGAAACAGAAAAGGGAACAAAGUGAAGAAUAAAUAAGAGAGUUGUCAAAAGGCUGUAGCAAAGCCCAUCUCAUCUCACAAACGGACGAUCCGAAGAACAUCACUAAACACACAGAAAAGAGAGAAGAGGGAAAAAAACCCCACUUUCAUUUCUUUCUUUCUCCGUGCAAAGAAUCAAUCUUUUUUCGUUUCUCUGCAUAAAGCUGAUUACUUUUCUUAUAAUGAUGGGAAGGGAAAACUCUUAGGGAGCAAUCUGUUUGUCAUCAAUCAGAAAGUUGUUCGCAGCUGCUGGUGGUGGUGUUUGUUUUCGUUUUCGCUUUUUCUUUGCAUCUCUAUCUCUCUCUCUCUCUGAUAAAGACGACUCCUUUAGUGGGAGGUUUUUGUUAAUCGUUUCUCUGUUGGGGGGAAUCCAUUUUGAUAAGGCAGGUACGAGUGAGCUGGUUUCUUUCAACAACUCUGUGCAUUUGUUUUGAUUUUAUUACAUCGAUUUCUUUGUUUUUGCGUUUCUGGGUAGUAAGAGAUUUCAUUUCUGUGGUUUGGUGUGUUGAUCAACAGGGGAAGGCGAUCUUUUCAUUUGAUUAGAGGGGGAAUCUGAGAGCUUGUGUGGCCAUGGCGGUGGCUGAGAAUGGUGGGGUCAAAGAAGGGGUGGCGGCGAGUCAGAAUUUUGACGCUACUCUGGCGUCAUCGGAGGCAAACGGUGGAUCGAACACUGUGGAGAGCACAAAACCCAUGAACGAAUCUUUGGUCGGGGGAGCGAAUUCUCAGUCUCAGAGCGAUGAUCGGGGGGCGAUCGUUGGGAAGUGCGACCAAGAAGAUCAUACGGAUGAGAUGGCGGCGGCGGCGGCGGCUGGAAAAACCGCCGGGGAGAAAGGUGGGGCCCAGAUGGGGAAUGGGUUUGAUGGUGGGUAUGGAGGAAGUGGUGAGAAUCAGAUAAAUUUUGGGAAAUCUAAUGGGAGUAAUGAGAUGAGGGAGUUAGUGGAGAUGUUGUCCAAGCUGAAUCCCAUGGCUCAGGAGUUUGUACCUCCUUCUCUUGUCAACAAUCAUGGCAACGUUUUCGGCAACGGCGGAUUCAAGAAUCCGAACAAUUUUGGAAUGCUUAAUCCCAAUGGGAAUCCUAAUGGAAUGAUCAAAAGGAAGAACAAUUUUAAUCAGGGAAGGAGAAGAACCAAUGGUGGCAGGAGGAGUAUGGCUCAGAGGGAAGAAGUAAUUAGGAGGACUGUAUAUGUGUCUGACAUUGACCAGCAGGUUACUGAGGAGCAGCUGGCAGGUCUAUUUCUUCAUUGUGGACAAGUUGUUGAUUGUCGUAUAUGUGGUGAUCCUAAUUCAGUUCUUCGCUUUGCGUUCAUUGAAUUUACUGAUGAAGAAGGUGCAAGGGCUGCUAUAACUUUGUCUGGGACUGUGCUUGGAUAUUAUCCACUAAGAGUGCUGCCUUCUAAAACUGCGAUUGCACCUGUGAACCCAACAUUUUUGCCAAGGUCUGAAGAUGAACGAGAGAUGUGUGCUAGAACAGUGUACUGUACUAAUAUAGAUAAGAAGAUUACCCCAGGGGAUGUGAGACUUUUCUUUGAAUCUUUCUGUGGAGAGGUUCAGUGUUUGAGGCUUCUUGGAGACUAUCAUCAUUCAACUCGCAUUGCUUUUGUUGAGUUUGCAAUGGCUGAGAGUGCAAUUGCUGCUCUAAACUGCAGUGGUGCUCUUCUGGGAACCUUGCCCAUAAGGGUAAGCCCGUCGAAGACGCCAGUUCGCCCUCGCUUUCCCAGACCACCACCUCUGCACUGAAGAGGAUUGAGAUGGACUGUCUUCGUCGGAAUUCGAUGCUCUACUCAAGCUCAUGAUGGAGCUGGGUGAUCCAUAGAAAAUAUCUGUCUGGUUAAAUUAUAGGAGCUGAGAACAUUUCAAAGAUGAUUUCUUUCUUUCCCUUCUCCUCCUCGAUCUUUGAUCUUUGUUUUUUUUUUUUAUGUUGUUGGUUGGUAUCUCAGACUAGACUGGCACUCUUUUCUCAAACAACCCACAAGGGUUGCGGAAAUUCAUGGGUUAUUAUGGUUGUUGAGAUGCUGAUAUAUGUCAAUAGAGUUGGAUGGGGAUUUUGAGGAUCCAUGUGAAUAGCUUCUUCUCUUUUCUCCUCUAAUGAUUAGGCUGCAGCAAUCUAGAGUAAAGAUAUUUUGCUGAAAAUUUGCAGGUUUAUGUGAAUCCUGUGGCAUAAUAGUAUUCUAAGUUUUAAGUUCUAACUCAUGAUAAUUUGACGAGGAGAGCUUUGGCCUUUACUUUUUUGGUUGUGCGGAUUCUUUGAUUCCAUUGCAUUGUUCUGUUACCUUUCUAUUGGGUUGUGGCCCAUAUACGGCGAGUCCAAAGUAGUUUGUAUAAACCGGACAAGGAUGA